CCUUCUCUUUCUCAACACUGGUGGGUGCCUGCUUGGGGCUCGCGCUCGAAAGCGAAGUAGCUUCAGAUUCGUAGCCGUGAGGUGUGCGUUCUUGGAGCGUUCCUGGUAGAGUUUUGGACACAGUCGCCCAAGUGAUAGUUAAUAAGCAACUUUUUGCGCUCUGUGGACAGUUUGAUAAAGGAUGGCAGACAGUUCGGAGCAGGUCUCUUCCACGACUCCUUUCGAUGAAGAUCUGAACCAUCAACUCUAUCUCGAUCACGGGAUGGCAAAGGCCGUAGCGAAGAAUGUUUUCAACGUGGAUGAAAUUGUGGACUUGGUUGGCGGGGCUCAGGACGCCAUCGACAGGCACAUAGCUGAGGAUAACGCACUCAUGGAUUUCACCGAUAUUUCCACCAUUACUCCCCCACAAUCCGUGUCUCAGUCUGUCAGCGUGACAGACCCAGAACGUGCGCGAGUUGAGGAGCAGGCUGAGCCAGUUGCUGCGGUGCCUGAGCCCGAGCCCGCGGUGGCACCGCCAAUCAAAGAGCUGAUGGAUUCCUCAGAAGAACAACUGACAAACGAAGAGACGACCCCAGACUCCACCACUCUUAUUCCCAAAACUGUUCAACACACUGAGGAGCCUGUUGUUAUCCUCCCCAAAGCCAAGCCAGAAAGUACGCAGACUGUGUUACCAAAAGUUGUGCGCCAGUCGGAGUCCAAACCCGCUUCCGCUGAAACGCCCGCACCGACUGAAGGAUCCCAGAAAGCAGCACCUGCCGUAGAGGCUCCAGCCCCUCUGGUGGAUCUCCUCUACUGGCGUGAUGUGAAGGCCACGGGUGUGGUGUUUGGUGCCGCUCUCCUGCUGCUGCUCUCGCUGACCGUGUGCAGCAUUGUAAGCGUGUGCUCUUAUGUGGCCUUGGUGCUCCUCUCUGUCACCAUCUCCUUCAGGAUAUACAAGGGCAUCCUUCAGGCGAUUCAGAAGUCUGAUGAGGGUCACCCAUUCAAGCUCUACCUUGACCAGGAGGUGGGGCUGUCUGAGGAGAUGGCCCAUAAGUACAGUGAUAUGGUCCUGGACAAAGUCAACAAGACCACUAGAGAGCUGAGACGACUCUUCCUGGUGGAAGACCUUGUGGAUUCAAUUAAGAUUAACAACUGCGAUACCUUUUACUCUCCACCACAUAUGGACAGAGGUCAUUACACAAGGUGCUGGUGGUUUGGAAAUGGUGAUCUUUAUAAAUACUUCACACCUUUUGCUGUGCUAAUGUGGAUCCUGACCUAUGUUGGUGCCUUGUUCAAUGGACUCACCCUGCUCAUUCUAGGUCUGGUUGGAGUGUUUAGCUGCCCUAUCAUCUAUGAGAAACACCAGGUACAAAUCGACCACUACCUUGCCCUGGUCAACAACCAGGUCAAAGAUGUCAUUGGAAAGAUCCAAGCUAAGGUGCCCGGAGUGAAACGCAAGGCUGAGUAAAGGACAAGUGGCGUUUAGGAGUGUGGUUGGCUGGCUCGCUUUUGGAACAAUGGACGAGUGUUGGAUGGAUUUGAAAGAUGCAUUUGAAAGAUGCAAAGAGAGAUGAUAAUUAAGGGGGCUGGCGUGUUUGUAGUACCGCUCACUUUGUCAAAAUGAAAAACAACCUUUUGUCCAGUUCAGAAUUCCUUUGUAUUCUCUGGAAAAGCUAAAGUACCCAUGGGGUUUUCUGAUGCUAGUAUGUUUUUUAUAAUGGCUCGGAGGUGUGUGGCUGCUCUUUCUGUUUAUACAUUUUAAAUUAGUGGAAAGCCCCUCCAUCAAAUUUUGAAAACUUGUUUCUGUUAAACACUGAAUCUCAAGCAAAUAUAUUUUAAAAUCUGGAUUUCAUCCAUUUGGACUCUAUACGAGGGUCUUCUUCCUGUGCUUUUCAGGUCUGCUUGUUUGCCUUAUCCACACUGUUCAGCCAAGUGCAGGGAUGGUUUUUCUCUUUCAUUAAUGUCUGUGAGGGUAGAGGGGGAGUGACAGUACCUGUUGGGUCCCCCCCCACACACACACACUUGGUAUGAUCUUUCUUAUCAAGUCAGUGGUAUUUUGUGAUUUUACUGUUGAAUUGAUCUACUGUGUAUUGUUCCCAAGCUUCUAGGCUUUUCUCUCAGUGGCUGUUUAGUGUGUUCUCAAUUUGGCAAGGCACAAUUUCUGGCUGCUGCCUUUGACGUUGAGUGUGGUCCAAGGGGGAAUGGGCAGGCACUGCUGUUAGAACUUCAUUGCUUCUGAGUAAUAUCUAGCAAACAGAGUUUAGCACAGUAAUCACAUAAGUCGUCGUUUCAUCUCAUUGCAUUUGCCUAGUAUGAAAACCCCAGAAGGAACAUGUUUAAAAUUAUCAACGUUAUAUGAAAAAAUAAAAAAGAUUUUAAAAAUGUUUAAAAAAAAAGGGAAAAAAAUGUUAGCCAUACUGUCUGUGGAGCCAGUAUCUAAAGCUGCAAAAACCGUAUUACUUGGGAUAUCUUCAAGCUUGUUUGUUAUGAAAGUAAUUGUGAAUAAUACUUCAUACUUGUGAUAAUGAGCUACUUGCUAGGAGCCGUCUUUGUGAAAUGCAUUGUGAGACAUAAACAGUUAACAAUAAAGCUUCUAGACAAAC